UAACAUUGUUCUAGAUUGCUACACGAUCAGGGCCAUCUUUGGUCGUCCUCGCCGGUGACAGUGUGGACAGUUUAUUCCAGUGGUCAUUUAUGCCUCGUGAUUCAUUAACAAAAGUUCAUUUUGAACGAGCCGUCUAAAAGCACUCGGGCAGAGAAAAAAGGGAGCCGAAUCCCCGUUUUUGUGUGCGGAUUCACUGGUAAUUCCUUCAUCCAAUACCCUUCAUUUCUCAAGGCAAGAAGAAGGGCGAGACGGGAGAGGCGGUGAUACAACAUGGAUGAGGAAUAUGAUGUGAUCGUUUUGGGCACCGGACUCACAGAAUGCAUUCUGUCCGGGAUCAUGUCUGUGAACGGGAAAAAGGUUCUGCACAUGGACAGGAACCCCUACUACGGCGGCGAGAGCUCCUCCAUCACCCCUCUGGAGGAGUUGUACAAGCGCUUCAGUCUUCCAGACAGCCCGCCCGAGUCCAUGGGCAGAGGGAGGGACUGGAACGUUGACCUCAUCCCCAAGUUUCUCAUGGCCAACGGUCAGCUGGUGAAGAUGCUGCUAUACACAGAAGUGACACGGUACCUGGACUUUAAAGUAGUGGAGGGAAGCUUUGUGUACAAGGGAGGAAAGAUCUACAAGGUGCCAUCGACCGAGACGGAGGCACUAGCUUCAAAUCUGAUGGGAAUGUUUGAGAAGCGAAGGUUUCGGAAGUUCUUAGUCUUCGUGGCCAACUUUGAUGAGAAUGACCCCAAAACGUUUGAGGGCGUGGACCCCAAAACCACAACGAUGAGGGACGUUUACAAGAAGUUUGACCUGGGCCAGGAUGUCAUCGACUUCACCGGCCACGCCCUGGCCCUCUACAGGACGGACGACUAUCUUGACGUUCCCUGUUUGGAGACGAUCAAUCGUAUCAAGCUGUACAGUGAAUCGCUGGCGCGGUAUGGGAAGAGCCCCUACCUCUACCCCCUGUACGGUCUGGGAGAGCUGCCGCAGGGAUUCGCCAGAUUGAGUGCAAUCUACGGAGGGACCUACAUGCUGAACAAACCAGUGGAUGAGAUAGUGAUGGAAGGCGGCCAUGUUAUUGGAGUGAAGUCUGAGGGCGAGGUGGCCCGUUGUAAGCAGCUGAUCUGCGACCCCAGCUACAUCCCGGACCGCGUCCGGAAGGCUGGCCAGGUGAUCCGCGUGAUCUGCGUGCUCAGCCACCCCAUCAAAAACACCAACGACGCCAACUCCUGCCAGAUCAUCAUUCCUCAGAAUCAGGUUAACCGCAACUCAGACAUCUACGUGUGCAUGAUCUCCUAUGCUCACAACGUGGCUGCCCAGGGGAAGUACAUAGCCAUCGUCAGCACCACAGUGGAAACCAACGAGCCCGAGGCGGAGAUAGAGCCGGCUCUGGAGCUGCUGGAGCCCAUCGACCAAAAGUUUGUGGCUAUUAGCGACCUUUAUGAGCCCACAGAUGAUGGUACUGAUAGCCAGGUCUUCGCCUCGAGGUCCUAUGACGCCACCACUCACUUUGAGACCACCUGCAACGACAUCAAGGACAUCUACAAACGCAUGACCGGGAGCGACUUUGACUUUGAGAACAUGAAGCGCAAACAGAACGAUGUGUUUGGGGAGGAUGAGCAGUGAGCGGUAGAAGGGCUUCAGAGAGAAGGGGCGGGGCCGGGAGAGGAGGCGGGGGCGAAAAGGAGCAAACGAGGCGGCAGAGCCUGCAGGUAGAGGGCCCGGGGGCUGCCUGAGCAGUCUGGUGGGAGCGGGGCAGAUAGGGGGUGUCUCUGGGCUCUGCCUGCCCUCAGCCGUUUGCCUCCUUUUCCUUACGUCCCUCUCUCUCUUGACACACGUUCAAACACAUAAAUGCUCACAAACACACAACACACACACACACACACACACACACACACACACACACACACACACACACACACACACACACACACACACACACACACCUUAUCUCCGUCACUGAAAAGCAGGGUUGAUAUGGUCUUUCAUUCCAUUGUAGACUUUACAGUAUAAUCAUGUCUUAACUAUGAUCAUUAGAGGUGAAGUUAUUCCUUGUUGUUGCCGAUUUUCAAAGCAUUUCAUUCUUUGUGUAACGUCUUUCUUCUCAUAUCAGAGGUUGGCUGGAUGGAUGGAAGAUUGAUGGCAUUGAGAGGUGUGAACUGCGAGCUCUGACAUGAGAGAUCUGUAAUGGCUUAGUGUAGAAUCCUCUGGAAGGGUCCCCUCCAGUUGCAUGCAUCUUUUACACACACACACACACACACACACACAGUAGUAUUGUACAUAGACUCAAAAUGACACUGCUGUAUGAAGGCUGGACCAUUCCACACAUCGCUCCUGUCAACCCUGCUUUCACUUUUCUCUUAACUUGGUCUUUUACCUGUGUUUCGUCAAAAGACGCCGCUCCUUUUGGCAAAAUCUGUUGGUCAGGCGAAAAAACAAAAAAAUGUGAUGAGAAAUUACAUAUAAAUGGGCUGUUCUGUCAACUGAUAGUGCUCACUUUGCAAUGCUGUUGUGUUCCCUGUGCUAGCAGGCAAGUUAACCAGUGGCUAUUAACUGUCAACCACUCCCCCCCCUGCCCCCUCCCCCCACAAAAAAAGUUCCUUUGUUUAUCUCUGUGUGAUGUCAAUUUUGAAUUUUAAUAGUUUACUUUCUAACAUUUUUAAGUUAUUGAAGAGUUUUAUUUCUAUAUAUUUGGUGCACAUUUCACUGGCUGAAGUUAUGACGUUUACAGAUCUGAGGUUGAAACUGUGGUCUUCAAGUUUAACAUAAAAAUAAAAAAAAAGGGAAAGUCAGGAGCAAAAGCAGCACGGAGAGGAUUUUUCUGGAAGAUUUGGAAUGAGUGAUGAUAAACAAAUUGUACUUGUUGAGAUGCGAGGGAGUGUGGCAAGGAGGAAAAGAAUGUAUGUGGGGAAUGUUUUGGAUUUUGGAAAGUUUCACUUUUGAGUGAAGAGGGUGAAGACUGAAAUUUCGGCUCAAAGUGAAAGCACCAGAUUGUGUCUUGGUUGUUUCAACCCUUGUGUAUGUCCUUGUAGGUGAGUCAUUCCUAUGAAAAACAAUAGUUGUCAAACAAGCUGGAUACUUUAAAAGACUUUGUAGCAAAGAUAUGGAGCCACAGUUGCAGGUGCUGCCCCAACAAGAACAAACCAAGAUGCUUUUAUUUGAUCGUAGCCUUAAUUUGGGGGUCUUAUUCAAAUGUUUGGGCCCUUUGCAAAAGUUGCUUUGUUUUAACUAACGGCUAGUGGCAGGUCAGUCUAGUGCCAAAAAAACAGUGUUGCUGUUAUUGGCAAAAAUUCCAGACAUGUCAAAAGUGCAGUUUGGUACUGCUUGUUGCUCUGCAGAUCUGACUGAAUACUAUAGAAGGGAUGGGCUGAUAUUGUACACCUGACUGAAGGCUCAUAUAUCUCAGCAGUGCACACUCACUCACUCACAGCCAGACUGAUCUGCGGCACGUUACACAUCCACAACAGAAAAAUACUUCGCACAUCUACUGUAUGAUGUGAGACAGGUGCGUCGGAGGGGGGACGAGUAGGUGAGGAGUUGCAAAGAAACUCCCCCACGCUGUCUUAACUUGAAUUCAAUAGCUGGCAAGGUUUCGGUACUAGACCUUCAUCAGGCAAAAAGGGAUGUUACACAACAGACAGACGCCCUGAUCGUUUUCUUUAAAAACACCGCCAGUUCCAGCUCACUUCAUCCAGCUCGACAAAUCCCUUAGCAACUCUAUACAAACUUAUGGCGUGUUGACCUGUCUUAUUGUUAUGCUCUAUUUAUUUGAAUUUCACUUCCGUAUUGUGGAAAGAAUUUAUGUCAAAUGCUGAAUAUGCUAUGCUAUUAGAUUAUGUUCUGAUGAACAAAAAUGGAUUUUAAAAGUGAUGCACACCCAAAUUCUUUGUUUUUGUUUGUUUUUGUUGCAGUGUCAUGUCAUGUGUUACGUCCCCCUUAUUCAGUGAUCAUUCCAGUGUUGCAUCGCAUAUUAAUACGGUUUAUUAGCACUCCUAAUAAAGGUUUUGCAACAGUC